AUGUCUACAAUAUCUUUUUAUCUGUAUUGUCAAUUAUUGUAUCGUCUACAAUCAUCCCUCUCUAUAUGUAUUGUUUACAUUCUUCUCUUUCUAUGUAUUGUCUACAAACUUCCCUUUCUAUAUGUAUUGUUUACAGUCUUCUCUUCCUAUCUAUUGUCUACAAUCUUCUCUUUCAAUUUGCAUUGUCUACUAUCUUCUCUUUCUAUUGGCAUUGUCUACAAUCUUCUCUUUCUAUUGGCAUUGUCUACAAUCUUCUCUUUCAAUUUGCAUUGUCUACUACAAUCUUCUCUUUCUAUUGGCAUUGUCUACAAUCUUCUUUUUCUAUUUGCAUUGUCUACUAUCUUCUCUUUCUAUUUGCAUUGUCUACAAUCUUCUCUUUUUAUUUGCAUUGUCUACAAUCUUCUCUUUCUAUUUGCAUUGUCUACAAUCUUCUUUUUCUAUUUGCAUUGUCUACAAUCUUCUCUUUCAAUUUGCAUUACUACUAUUGGCAUUGUCUACAAUCUUCUCUUUCUGUUGGCAUUGUCUACAAUCUUCUCUUUCUAUUGGCAUUGUCUACAAACUUCUCUUUCUAUUUGCAUUGUCUACUAUCUUGUCUUUCAAUUUGCAUUGUCUACAAUCUUCUCUUUCUGUUGGCAUUGUCUACAAUCUUCUCUUUCUAUUGACAUUGUCUACAAUCUUCUCUUUCAAUUUGCAUUGUUUACUACAAUCUUCUCUUUCUAUUGGCAUUGUCUACAAUCUUCUCUUUCUAUUUGCAUUGUCUACAAUCUUCUCUUUCUAUUUGCAUUGUCUACAAUCUUC